AGAGAGAGAGAGAAAGAGAGAGAGAUGACUAUCACAGCCAUACCGACCAUAACUGACGGACGACUGACUGUGCGUGGUAAGGUGGUUCUUGAUGGAGUUCCAGACAACGUCGUUGUUUCUCCGGCGAGUUCUGGGUCAGCUUUCAUUGGAGCAACUUCGACUACAGAAACCAGCCUCCAUGUAUUCACCCUUGGAGUGCUUGAGGGAUACAGGCUUUUGUGUCUCUUCCGAUUCAAAAUAUGGUGGAUGAUACCUCGCAUGGGGAAAGCAGGUGGUGAUAUACCGAUCGAAACACAGAUGCUUCUGCUGGAGGCACGGGAAGAUUCUGCACUCCAUGAUGAGGAUGUUGAGCAGCCAACCACAGAAAACACCUUCUACAUACUGAUGCUGCCUGUGUUGGAUGGCCAAUUCCGAACGAGUUUGCAAGGGACUCCAACCAAUGAGCUUCAGUUCUGUGUUGAAAGUGGGGAUCCGGAUGUUCAAUGUUCCCAAUCUCUGGAAGCUGUUUUCAUCAAUUCAGGGGACAACCCUUACAAGCUCAUGAAUGAGUCUUUCAUGAUAUUGGAGAAGCACAAGGACACGUUCAGUUUAAUUAAGAACAAGAAGAUCCCGCACAACUUAGAUUGGUUUGGAUGGUGCACUUGGGAUGCUUUCUAUACUGAAGUUGAUCCACAAGGAAUCAAGGAAGGUCUUGAGAGUUUGGCAGAAGGAGGCUGUCCUCCAAGGUUCCUGAUCAUUGAUGAUGGCUGGCAAGACACCAUAAAUGAGUUCAGUAAAGAAGGUGAACCAUUCCUUGAAGGGACACAGUUUGCAACCAGACUAGUUGAUAUCAAGGAGAACAAUAAGUUCACGGGCAUAGGCUCUAAUAGUUCUUGCGAAAAUCUCCAUCAGUUCAUCAAAACCAUUAAAGAUAAAUAUGGGCUGAAGUAUGUCUACGUGUGGCAUGCUUUGCUUGGAUAUUGGGGAGGGCUCCUUCCAACAUCCAAAGCAAUGAAGAAAUACAAUCCCAGGAUUGUAUAUCCAGUUCAGUCUCCCGGUAACAUAGGGAAUAUCAGAGAUGUUGCCAUGGAUAGCUUGGAGAAAUAUGGAGUUGGAAUGAUUGACCCCACAAAAAUUCUUGAAUUCUAUGACGAUCUCCACAGUUACCUUGCCAGUAGUGGUGUCGAUGGAGUAAAGGUGGAUGUACAGAACGUGAUAGAAACACUAGGUUCUGGCUAUGGAGGGCGGGUCUCAUUGACCAGGCAGUGCCAGCAGGCUCUGGAAGCAUCAGUAGCAAGGAACUUCGAGGACAAUAACUUAAUUUGCUGCAUGAAUCACAAUUCUGACUACAUUUACAGUUCGAGGAAGAGUGCAGUUGCCAGAGCAUCAGAGGAUUUCAUGCCAAGGGAGCCGAACUUACAGACCUUACAUAUUGCUUCUGUCGCUUUCAACAGUCUCCUUCUAGGGGAGAUUGUGGUACCAGACUGGGAUAUGUUCCAUAGCAAACAUGUCACAGCUGAGUUCCAUGGUGCUGCAAGAGCAUUGGGCGGAUGUGGGGUGUAUGUAAGUGACAAGCCAGGCAACCAUGAUUUUAAAGUACUCAAAAAACUAGUACUACCUGAUGGAUCUAUUCUAAGAGCUAGACAUGCUGGUCGGCCUACCCGAGAUUGUUUAUUUGAGGAUCCGGUCAUGGAUGGCAAAAGCUUGCUGAAGAUUUGGAAUUUGAACAAGUUAUCUGGAGUUAUAGGUGUUUUUAACUGCCAAGGAGUAGGACACUGGCCAUUGAAAGAGUCAGCUCAUGAUUAUCCUACAUUAUCAUCUAAGCCUUCAUACCUUUCAGGUCAUGUUAGUCCCGACAAUGUUGAAUUUCUUGAAGAUGUUGCAGGUGAAAACUGGACAGGAGAUUGUGCAGUAUAUGCCUUCAAUUCAGGAUCGCUUUCUCAAUUACCGAGGAAAGGAAUCGCUGAAGUUAGUUUGGGAGUUCUACAAUGCGAAAUCUACACAAUAUCUCCAAUAAGGGAAUACAAUCAAAAUGUCCACUUUGCUCCAAUUGGCUUGAUUAACAUGUAUAACUCUGGAGGAGCAGUUGAAGCUCUGAACUGUGUGAAUGACCCUUCAGGAUGCACAAUAAAAAUUAAAGGGAAAGGUUGCGGUCGUUUUGGAGCGUAUUCAAGCACAAAACCCAAAUAUUGUUUGGUGGACGCAAACAAGGAGGAAUUUGACUAUAAUGCUGACGAUCAGCUCUUGACAUUGAAACUUCCACUGUGCAGUCAAGAUGCUAGCAAUUUCAGAGAAAUUGAAUUUGUCUAUUGAAAGUAUUGAGGAUUGUUUAUGGUAACUAUAAGUGCAAAUCUGAUCUUGGCUGGUUUUGUACUCAGGGGAAAUGUGUAUUAACUAAAUCAUGAUCUAAAUUAUGCUAAAUGCAUGGCUUGUAACAUCUAAAUAUGUUCAGACAUUUUAUAAACAUCACAUUAAAUGCAAUAGAUCUUACAACACCAUUCAAACAUUA